GUCAAAGCUCUGACCACUGAUCCAUUAGUUGUGCAUUACGUAGUAAAGGGCAGAUGAGCAGCUUUCAUGCGGUUGAUCAAUAAAUCUUUGAGUUCACAGUAAUAAGGGCGAGGCGGACAACACAACACACUGCUACAUGAGCCUCCAGUUUCUCUAAGGCUCCUUACUAGGCAGAGGAACUUCUACAGAUGGAGCGGGCCUCAAAGGAACCGAUGUCAGACCUGGAGAGUGGGAUGGUCUCUAUUGUUCGAGUUUUCCACAAAUACUCCGGUCUCAAGGGCAAGCUGAGAAAAGCAGAGCUUAAAGAGCUUAUCAACAAUGAGAUGAAUCAUUUCAUAAUGAAUAUCCAAGAGAAUGAAACUCUGGACGAGCUCUUUGCUGAUCUGGACCAGAAUGGAGAUCUGGAGAUCGACUUCAAAGAGUUUAUCGCCCUCAUCGCCAUGGUCACCUCAGCGUGCCACGACCUCUUCAUCCCAGUCCAGCAUGAUAAAUAGACUGAUUACACAUUAAAAACAUGAGGAUCACAGAAACA